AUGCUCCUGGCUGUGGUCCUUGCCUCUGCCCUGUUCCUCUGCGCUUCAGCCAGGCCGGGGUGUUUCACACCCCUGACAUUCUUGACAGGAAUCAGGAAUGUUGAGUACCUCAUCAACAACCUGCAGGGAGACUCACAAUGCAACUGUAGCACCAAUGAGACUGAUUGUUUGUGUCUGCCCAUUUCCUCUGACAACUGCACCACAGCAUGCUUCCAGGAGGGCCUAUCACAGAUGAGCAACUCCGCACUGACCAAGAGAUUCCACCUAAAUGUCAACCAGCUGAAGAAAAUAGUCGUAACCCUCAAGAGCAACAAGUGUGGAUCUUUUGCCUGUGAACAGCCAUGCAACCGAACCACCAGAGGCAAUACAGUGACAUUUCUGAAGACUCUGCUGCAAAGUCUCCAGAGUGAAAGGAUGAGAGACAGAGUGUGA